AGUAAGUUAUCUCCCUUCUUAUUGUUAUCCCUUUUGGUGUGACUGAAACUGUAACACCGAAACCUUUUUCUCUGUCAGUCCAGUCACUUUGUAAAACGGCGUCGUUUCAAUCACGUUGUGUGUUGUGGUAGUGCUGUUUAUUUAUUUUCGAUUUCGGUUCCGAUUCGUCCGGGACACGCUGUCCUCCCAACACCUUCCUAUUAUUCAUUUCUCUCGCGCGCGUGCUUUUCACCGCCAAGGUGGCUCUUUCUCAAUCGGCCACCACCGCUGCCACGCCGUUACCGGAUAAUACUAUUUAAUGGAUAAUAAAUCGGGUUUCAAUGGAGAUAGCCACUUUAACCGAACAUUCUCCUCUUAUUCUUCCGCUUCCCAAAGGGAUGUCCGUUACAGCUGUGGUGCUUGUGGGUAUGAGCUUAACCUAUCCUCCUCAAACCGGAACACCACAUCCAUCGGAUCUAAAUACGGGAAGUCCAUAAAGCGAGGUGUCAUAUCAUUCUUCAAUAUUGAUGACAGCAGAUUUACCCAGGUUGAUGAGAUUCAGUGUGUGCCUCAUUUUCAUAAACAUUCAUGGGGCUUGUUUCGCCGAACAACAAAGCUUCUUUGUCGCAAGUGUGGUAACCAUAUUGGAAAUGCAUACAAUGGUUUCACUUCAUCCUUACCUCUCGUGUCAGACGGAGCAGAGUCAUCCCCUGGCUCCAAAGUGUCCGGUAGUGUAAAAUAUGACAUUCGCCUUCGGUCGUUACAGCCUUCAUCGUCUGAAGAAUCUGGAAUCCGUGCAUUAGCUUGAAAUACCUGGUAAAAAUUGUACUGUGUUUCCUUCCUACAUACAUUGAUUGAUAUACGCAGAGAUCCGACUGGUUUGCCAAGGUCUUUUGUAUUUUCCCUCAUCAAAAUGUGAAUAAUAGCUGUAUGUUAAGGUUGCAAUAAUUUAGUUCGGAAAAUACUAAAGGAGUGGCAUUCUGUCAAGUUAAUCAUCAACUUGAUAAAUGCUCUUAUAUUAUUAUAUAAGUGCAUACGUGUAAGCUGUUUUAACAUUCAAAGAAAAACUUUAGUCAAAUUGUGUAGUUAUAUA